GUCGCAGGAGCGGGAAGGCGGAGGCGAGUAGGGCAGCCGGGCUCAGCCCACACCCCUCACCAGGAGGCACCAUGUGGCGAUGUCCACUGGGGCUGCUGCUGCUGCUGGCUGGCGAGUUGGCCCUGGGUGCCCAGCGGGGUCGUGGGCGCCGGGAGCUAGCACCGGCUCUCCACCUGCGGGGCAUCCGGGAUGCGGGUGGCCGGUACUGCCAGGAGCAGGACCUGUGCUGCCGCGGCCGCGCCGAUGACUGCGCCCUGCCCUACCUGGGUGCUACCUGUUACUGUGACCUCUUCUGCAACCGCACCGUCUCCGACUGCUGCCCUGACUUCUGGGACUUCUGCCUCGGCGUGCCACCCCCCUUUCCCCCCAUCCAAGGAUGUAUGCACAGGGGUCGCAUCUAUCCAGUCCUGGGAACCUACUGGGACAACUGUAACCGUUGCACCUGCCAGGAGAAAGGGCAGUGGGAGUGUGACCAGGAGCCAUGCCUGGUGGACGAAAACAUGAUCAAGGCCAUCAACCAAGGCAACUAUGGGUGGCGGGCUGGGAACCACAGUGCCUUCUGGGGCAUGACCCUGGAUGAGGGCAUUCGCUACCGCCUGGGCACCAUCCGCCCGUCUUCCUCCGUCACCAAUAUGAAUGAAAUUCAUACAGUGCUGGGCCCAGGGGAGGUGCUGCCCAGAGCCUUCGAGGCCUCUGAGAAGUGGCCCAACCUGAUCCACGACCCUCUUGACCAGGGCAACUGUGCAGGCUCCUGGGCCUUCUCCACGGCAGCCGUGGCCUCUGAUCGAGUCUCAAUCCAUUCUCUGGGGCACAUGACACCUGUCCUGUCACCCCAGAACCUGCUGUCUUGUGACACGCACAACCAGCAGGGUUGCCGCGGUGGGCGACUUGACGGUGCCUGGUGGUUCCUGCGCCGUCGAGGGGUUGUGUCUGACCACUGCUACCCGUUCUCGGGCCAUGGGUGGGACGAGGCUGGCUCCGCACCCCGCUGCAUGAUGCACAGUCGGGCCAUGGGUCGGGGCAAACGGCAGGCCACCGCCCGCUGCCCCAAUAGCUAUGUCCAUGCCAAUGACAUCUACCAGGUCACUCCUGCCUACCGCCUCGGCGCCAACGAGAAGGAGAUCAUGAAGGAGCUGAUGGAGAAUGGCCCUGUCCAAGCCCUCAUGGAGGUGCAUGAGGACUUCUUCCUGUACCAGAGCGGCAUCUACAGCCAUACACCAGUGAGCCUUGGGAGGCCGGAGCAAUACCGCCAUCAUGGGACCCAUUCGGUCAAGAUCACAGGGUGGGGGGAGGAGACGCUGCCCGACGGAAGGACGCUCAAGUACUGGACGGCGGCCAACUCGUGGGGCCCAGCCUGGGGAGAGAGGGGCCACUUCCGCAUCGUGCGCGGCGCCAACGAGUGCGACAUCGAGAGCUUCGUGCUGGGCGUCUGGGGCCGCGUGGGAAUGGAGGACAUGGGUCACCACUGAGGCCGCGGGCACCACGCCGGCAAGAGCCCUCUGUGGGGCAGCAGCCCCCGCCUGCCCGCCCGCCCGACGGAGCUCCGGGCCCCAGGGGCCUAAUCCUCGCGCGCGAGGGUUCCGCUGACGCAGCGCCCGACUUGGGAGCCUCGGACAGGCGAGGCUGGCGGAGCCCCCAGACCUCCCAGCGGGGGCCGGGUAGGGCCUG